ACCUUCUGUAAGCAAGCUCACAGCUUGUACCUUCUUUCCAUUUGGGAGAGACUUGGGAGGUUGGGGGGAGCGGAGGGUAAGGGGGAUGACACCUCGGACUCCUUUCAUGCAUCUUCAUUGCAUCUGACUACAUCCAGUCGAAGCUGAUCAUACACAGUCAUCUCCUCCGCAACCACAUUCACCUUGAAAGCGGUUCAUGACCUCUCUCGCGCACUACGACGUCGUGGUCAUUGGAUCCGGUCAAGGUGGUACACCUCUAUGCCAAGCAUUCGUCAAAUCAGGUCUCAAGACUGCCUUGAUUGAAUCUCGGCACGUGGGAGGCUGCUGUGUCAACGAAGGAUGUUCACCUACCAAGACGAUGAUUGCCAGUGGUCGAGUGGCAUACCUUGUGAAUCGAGCCAAAGAAUAUGGUGUCAAUAUCAAAGGCGAGAUCACCGUUGACCAGAGACGAGUGAAGGAGCGCAAACAAGAGAUUGUGGAUUCGUUUCGUGAAGGCGGAGAGAAGACGUUGAAAGAGUCAGGAGUGGAUCUCCUGACCGGUGUCGCCAGAUUUCUCGACUCAAAGACGAUAGCCGUCAUCGAUACCUCUGGCCAGGAGAUCCAACGCUUGACUGCCGAUAAGAUCUUCGUGAACACUGGUGAACGACCUGUCGAGCCUCCAAUCGAUGGUCUCAAGGGAGAGUUCGCAAAAGGAGUAAUACUCGAUUCUACUUCUAUCCAAGAGCUGGACGUCGUGCCGGAGCAUCUGGUCGUUGUUGGCGGAGGAUACAUUGGUAUAGAAUUCGGUCAACUGUUCCGACGCUUGGGGUCGGCCGUCUCGGUCAUUCAACGAGGACGACAGCUGUUUCCUCGAGAGGAUCGAGAAGUCGCUGAGGCAGUCAAGAAUAUCCUCGAGGAAGAUGGGCUCGCAGUGUACCUCCAAACGGCAGUCCAAAGCAUCAGUCCGGGUCCAGAGGGCUGCGGCGCCACCGUACUGUACAAGACUGAAUCUGGCGAUGUCGAAUCGCUUAAUGCUUCACACGUCCUCAUAGCAACUGGCCGAAGACCCAACACUGACGAGUUGAACCUCGAAGCUGCUAGUGUCAAGCUCGACUCGAAAGGGUAUAUCAAGGUCAAUGACCUUCUUGAGACCUCUCAGUCUCACAUCUGGGCGCUCGGGGACGUAAAGGGUCCUCCGGCGUUCACCCACGUCUCGUACGAUGACUACCGGAUUCUCAAAGCCAAUUUAAUCGACCACAAAGGUGAUCCCUCACAGCAUCGGUCGAUCAAGGAUAGAGAUCUCAUCGCCCCCUAUGUCGCGUACAUGGAUCCUCAAUUGGCACACGUCGGCUUGCACGAGCACGAAGCACGAGAACGCUUUCCCGACCAUACAAUCAAGACUGCCACUAUGCCGAUGAGCUACGUGGCAAGAGCACUCGAGACGGACGAAACCAGAGGUCUCAUGAAGGCCGUUGUGGACAUGGAUACAGAUCGCAUCUUGGGGUUCACUUGCCUGGGUCUGGAAGGAGGCGAGAUCAUGAGCGUCGUACAGAUGGCUAUGAUGGGCGGGACAAAAUGGACUGUGUUGCAAGAUGCUGUGUGGGCUCAUCCGACUUUGGCGGAGAGUCUCAAUAAUCUGUGGGGCUUUCUAAAGUAGGCCGGGGUGUUCCUGAGACGAGGGAUGAAUGUUGUAC